CCUUACCUCACUCUCCGUUUCUUCUUGCUCGUGUCACAAGGGAGAAACGCUCCGGGGCACGUGGGCACAUUGUAAUGUAAAGCCGCCUGUUAUUAUCUUGAGUCAAGUGUCAGUUUGCACGUGCCCUCCCGCCCCGUCGUUGGCUCCCCAAAGCGCGCGCGCGCACACACACAUACCAUAAGGAGACCACCGCCACUUCGCGGCUGCCAGGCUGCAAUAAUGGAUGUGUAACAAAAGAAGUAGCACUGUCGCCGUACAGAAGAACCGAAAGGUCCACAAUGACAGCUUCAGCAGGCACGGGGGUUUUUGUGCUCUCCCUCCUGUCAGUCCCGCUUACCUAUUUGUUUAACUUACUGUUCCACGCUAACAGUGGUGGAGCCGUGUUUGUGGCAGGAGCUUUGAUUCUGCUUAUCACUGCAAUUUUGGCUCGCAUUUUGCUGAAGCAGAAGCCCCCUAAAGACCCUCUCUUUUAUGUGUUUGCAGUGUUUGCCUUUAUGAGCGUAGUAAACCUCAUCAUAGGACUUGAACAAGACAGUAUCAUCGAUGGGUUUGUGACGUUUUACUUGAAAGAGGGCGAACCUCACUUGAACACCGCUCACGGUCACAUGAUCUGCUACUGGGAUGGCUCUUUCCAUUACCUCAUGUAUUUACUGAUGAUUACAGCCAUAACUUGGGGGGACGAGUAUCGAACAAUUGGACUUUACUGGGUUGGAUCGGUUUUGAUGAGCCUAGUAGUCUACCUCCUUGGAAAUGCUGUUGGGAAAUAUGGAGCAAACCUGUGUGGUGGAUUUGUUGUUAACAGUUUGUGUGUCAUUCUUCCGGUGUGGGCCUCUUUUCGUAUCUUCAGCCAGCCUUUGACAAGAGAUGUACCUUCCAAGAGCAUUCAAGACUCCCAUCAGAAGGGGCUGACUGGUAGACCACUAGACUGCGUGUUUGUUCUCUACUUUCUGCUUGCCUUGGGCUUCAGUAUCUUCAGAGGACUGGUUACUUUAGACUGUCCUGCUAAACUUUGCCAACAGUACGUUCAAUUCCAGGAGCCAUAUCUUAAAGAUCCCACAGCUUACCCUAAAAUCCAGAUGCUGAUGUAUAUGCUCUAUUGUGUUCCUUUCUACAUCGUCACAAUUUAUGCUCUCCUGGUUCCUGGAUGCAGCUGGACUGCUGACUUGGCUUUGCUGCAUGCAGGUGCUUUAGCACAAGGCCAGUUUUCUCACAUUGGGGCUUCUCUGCACACGAGGACACCAUUUUCAUACAGGGUGCCUGAGGAAGCAAAAACCAUGUUCCUAUUUAUAAACCUAGUUUACGGACUCCUGCCCCAGCUAUUUGCCUACAGAUGUGUGACAAACCCAGAAUUCUUUCUGAAAAACAAAGAGAAUCAAAAGACAGAGUGAGGCAACAUACAAGUGUGACGUUAGGUUGGUUAGCCGUCCUCGUUUUGUUUUGUUUCUAAGUGCAUUGGAUUUAAUGUUCACAGAUAUUCUCAGUUGGCAAACUCUAAGUGUAUACAGAAUAACAAAGUGAAGGCAGCAAGGCACCGUUAAAAUAGCUCCUGUGCUGGGAUGAACUUA